AUCAAACUUGUGUUAUCAUUUCAAAACAACCUUCACGGAAUUUUAAGACAACAGUUUUAUUCCAGACGUGCUGUCAUCAAGUCGGGUCAAAAAAUGAAAAUUGUGCUUAUCUGUGUCUUAAUCGGUCUUGUUGUUGCAAAACAGCAAAAACAAGACACUUUGGAUGAAGAAAAGGAGAAGAUGAAGAAAUGGACACAGGAGUGCAUCCAAGAAAGCGGCGUCACGAGUGAAAUUCUUCAACAGUUGAGGAAUCAGAAGAGAGUUGAAGACCCGAAAUUAAAAGAGUACACAUUUUGUACUUUCAAGAAGAACGGUUUUAUGAACGAAGAUGGGAAAUUGCAAUACGAUGUCAUCAAGUCAACUUUGAUGAAAGUCAGUGGAAGCGAAGAGGAGGCUAAUAAAGUGGUCAAGGACUGCGUUGUGGAAAAGAGCACUCCACAGGACACGGCUUUUGAAACUGUAGAUUGUUGGUAUCGGUACAAGAAGAAUUAAUUUUUCAAAGUUGAAAUAAAAGCAAGUGUGUAA